CAAAGCAAGCACUUUCCAACUGACGACCUAUAUCGAAAGAACGGUGUUCCCUUUUACGAACACAUAAACAAAUGUCCUCAGACGGAGAACAACCAACCAGUCCAGUUCUGCCCAAAGACUCGGACCGGGGAAGCUCUGUCUCGUCUGAGCUGCAGGAUGAGUAUGAGGAGCUCCUCCACCAUGCUGUUGUCACCCCYAAGCUUGAGACAUUUGCCAGUGGUCGGUCGAAAGGUCUGAUUUCUCAGAGUAAAGAUAAAACCAAGUUACAGCAUCAACUGGAAUCUACAACGGAGGCUAAAGAUGGGAGGCAUUCCAGCAAGAGUGUCAGAUCAUCACAGGCUUCCCCUUUAAUUGCCGCACCUUCAAGAGCUUCCACCGCUGACAGAAAGGCAGGUCAGUCGUCCAGCAGGGCGUCAGCUCUCUCAGACGCACCCUCAAAAAAUAUCCAGGUGCCAUUUGAGAGGUUGGACAGCCUAGACCCCCCGGAGCCUGCUGUGACAGAGAUGUUUAUUUCACAGGAGAACAUUAGUAAAAUGGACAACAUUCUGGAUACAUGGAGUAGCAACCUGAAGUCAAAUGUGCUGACGGAGCUACGCAAGUGGAAAUACGCCUUCAUGGAGCAACACAAGCUGGAGAUGAUGAAGGAGAGGGAAAGGCAUGCAGCCCAGACAGCUGGCCUGAAGUCAGAACAAGAUGCCCUUAAGGAGCUGCUACACACCUACGAGACUUCCAACCAGAGGAAAGACGAGGUGAUCAUGAACCUGAGCCAAGUGUUGGACAAACAGAAAGAAAAGCUUGAAAAGAUGAGAGCCUUCACUAAAUGGAGACUUCAGCAUGCAGAGGCCAAAGAAGAAGCUCGUGCUUUUCAGGCAGCGCGGCAGCACUACAAUUUGCAGCUGAAGAAGAAAGUGUGGUUAGGCUGGCACAGUCUCAUUCAGAAACACUGGAARGUUAAGGUUGAGCGAGCUUGUCAAUUAAAAGCUGAAGAGGUCUGCGCCUGUCUAUCUACAGAGUAUGAGACUAAGCUAGAGGAGCACGGCAAGGCUCUAGCGAAAGCUCAGGCAGAGAUCCAGAGGCUGCGAGUAGAGCGAGAGCGMUGCGAGGAGUCGAUGAAGAAAGCCUUCAUGAGGGGUGUUUGUGCCCUCAACAUGGAGGCUCUCACCAUGUUCCAGUCUACAGAGGGACGACCAGAGCAGCCCCCGUUUGAUGAACAGCAUGACUCUUCACCUCCUCAGGAUGAACCUAGAUCAGCUCCACCAGCUCACAUCCAGCCGUAUCCCUCCACCUCGUCAAGGUUUAGUCCGGUCCACUUUGAACAGCCAGAGUCCUCUCAAAGGGAGCACGAUGAUGUGGUGGGUUCCAGAGCUUCCACAUUCCGUGAGGAAGUCCCUUCCACCUCAGUGAUGCACAGCUCUCUCCCACUUGGUGGCAUUGCAAGUUCCCACAAACAGGUCAGUGGUCGUGUUGUGAUGGCAGGGCAACCAAAACCAUCUAAGACUGUGACCGCUCGCAUCACUGCGCGGCCCGGUGUUGGUAAAUCAGCGUACGGCAACCUGCAGGUGAUGGGAGUGGCUCCGCCCAUGAGCUCUGUGGUGGACCAUUAUCAUCCUGUCACCCAGCUCACUGUCGGUCAGGCCACAGCUGCUAAGUUCCCUCGGUCAUCCCAGCUGAGACACGCCUCCACUAAAGGCAGAGGCUCCUCCAGAACCAGCUCCUGCCAYGUGCACUCCAUCAAAGUAGUGGACUGAUCACACAUUCAGCAUGUUUAAAUGAAGGAUUUAGUUUAUUCUAUGCAAAAAUGUACAGAAUUUUUAUUAUAAUGUGAGAACUUGAUAACAAAAACAUUCAUUUCCACUUGUUUUUUGCAUCUUUGUCAUGAACACAGUAUGCGUUUUCUCAGGAAAGUAGUUCACAAUUUUCAUUAUUUACUGACUUGACAGCUAUAAAUGAUUUAUUUUUUUUGCACAUUAGGUUUUACUUUGAAUUAUGCACAAUUAAAACUAUGUGUGUGUAAAUUUAUGUUGUGGAAAUAAUCCAGAACUGUUGGUUGUUUACAGACCAAAGCCAUCUUCUAAUGAUCUGAUGCAGGAUGCUUUUUUUUUAAUAAAUUAUUUUAUGACUUU